AUGCCGCCGCUGCCGCCGGCACUGCUGGACGAGCUCCUCGAGGAGGUCUUCCUCCGCCUGCCUCCGGACGAGCCAGACCACCUCGUCCGCGCCUCCUCCGUCUGCAGGCCGUGGCGCCGCGUCAUCGCCGGCCGCGGAUUCCGCCGCCGCUACCUCAAGUUCCACGGGGCGCCUCCCGUGCUGGGGCUCCUCUGUAACAGUUUCGUCCCCACCUCCGACCGUUUCGUCCCCACCUCCGCCUUCCGCCCCGCCGAUCACCUCCUUCCCGGCUGGUUCGCCGUCGACUGCCGCCACGGCCGCGCCCUCUUCGUCCCCUCUCCCACCAGAAUCAAGGAUAUCUCGGGGGACCUCCUCGUCUGGGACCCCCUGACGGGCGACCGGCGCCACGUGCCCUCGCCCGACAUCAACAUGGCCUUCGGAUUGGGCUCCGGCGCGGCGGUGCUCUGCGCCGCUCAAGGCUGCGACCACUCCGGCUGCCAUGGAGGUCCGUUCCGUGUGGCCGUCGUGUCCACCGAUGCAGCCAAGCAAGAGAUAUCCUCGCGCCUCUACUCUUCAGAGACCGGCACCUGGAGCCAAGUAACCUCAGUUCAUCACCCCCAUUCAUGGGCCAAUCACAUGCCUAGCGUCCUCGUCGGCGAUGCGUUGUACUUCGCAGUCAUGAAGAACCAGAUCAUCGAGUACAGACUCGGUACCCUUCGCUUGUCACUCUCCGAUUUGCUGCCUGAUGGUAAGGCCAUGUUCCUUGGGUUGCUCAUGAUGGCAGAAGGUGGUGGGCUGGGAUUCGCGAAAACGGACGGUUCAACCCUAACCCUGUGGUCGAGGGAGACCGACCCCAAUGGAGCUCCAGGAUGGGCGCAACACCGGGUGAUCAAUCUCGAGACAUUGCUCCCUCGCAGCGACCUCUGGUUUGUGCCGGGCGCGACCAAGGUGCUUGGUUUCGCUGAGGGCACCAAAGCCAUUUUCGUGGGCAUAUUUGGUAGUGUCUACGUGAUUGAACUCAAGUAA